GCGUGCGCGGCGCCGCCGCCGUCGGGAGCGAGCCAGCAGCGAAGCCGGCCGUGGCGUUGCGGCCCUCCUUCGCUUCUUCUUCUCCGUCUCCGUCUCCGGCUGAGCCGGAGAAGGGGAGGACGGGACGUUGAGGGACUUGAGACACGAUGAAUGAACCAAGAUGCUGUGCUGAAGAGAUCGGCUGUUCAUUGGGAGCUUUGCGCUGCGGGACUGGAGUGUGAAAGGAGCACAAAAUGAAAAUGCUUCCCGGUGUCGGGGUAUUUGGGACUGGGAGUUCGGCCCGUGUGUUGGUCCCUCUGCUGAGAGCCGAAGGCUUCUCCAUUGAAGCUCUAUGGGGGAAGACUGAAGAGGAAGCCAAACAGCUAGCUGAGGAAAUGAACAUUUCCUUCUACACCAGUCGAACAGAUGAUGUUUUGCUGCACCAGGAUGUAGAUCUGGUUUGCAUCAACAUUCCCCCUCCGCUAACGCGACAAAUUGCAGUGAAAGCUCUAGGAAUUGGAAAGAACGUAAUCUGCGAGAAAGCCGCUACCUCUCUCGAUGCUUUUAGGAUGGUCACGGCUGCUAGGUAUUACCCCAAGCUCAUGAGCAUCGUGGGCAACGCUCUGCGCUUUCUACCCGCGUUUGUCAGAAUGAAGCAGUUACUCGACGAACACUAUGUCGGCAGCAUCCUGGUCUGUGACGUGCGAGUGUACUGGGGCAGCCUCCUCAGCCAGAAGUACAACUGGAUUUGCGACGAGCUGAUGGGCGGGGGCGGCCUGCACACGAUGGGCACUUACAUCAUAGACCUGCUGACCCAUCUCACGAGCCGAAAGGCCGAGAAGGUCCACGGGCUGCUGAAAACAUUCGUCAAGCAGAACUCGGCCAUCAGCGGCAUCCGCCACGUCACCAGUGAUGACUUCUGCUUCUUCCAGAUGCUGAUGGCGGGAGGCAUCUGUAGCACAGUGACGCUAAACUUCAACAUGCCCGGGUCCUUCGUUCACGAGGUCAUGAUCGUAGGCUCAGCUGGCCGCCUUAUUGCUCGCGGGAUGGACUUAUAUGGACAGAAGAACGCAGCUCCCCAGGAAGAGCUAUUAUUUAAGGACUCCCUGAAUGUCCAUGCGGAGCUGUCCGAAAAAGAAUUCAAGGACAUCCCUCUUCUGUACCUCAAAGGAAUGGUCUACUUGGUGCAAGCUCUCCGCCUUUCCUUCCAGGAUCAGGAGGACCAGAGGACCUGGGAUCCCAAACCGGUGGCAAUGGCAGCUUCUUUUGAAGAUGGCCUCUAUAUGCAAAGUGUGGUAGAUGCCAUUAAAAGGUCCAGCAGGUCUGGAGAAUGGGAGACGGUGGAGGAGAUGAUUGAAGAGCCCGAUGCCAACCAGAACCUCUGUGAGGCGCUGCAGAGAAAUAACCUAUAAUGCAGAGACUCCUGCAAAACGGAACCAUUGGAAGCAGAAGGGGUGGGAGGGUGGAAUGGAAGCAGGGGAAAAAGAGGAAGGGUAUAUGUGUGUAAAGGGGGAGUCUGUGUUUUUUUUUAAUCUCGGAGAAUUUUAAUUGUUGCAGACGUACGUGUCUCUGGUUACUUAAAAUUUAAUAACUUGUGUAUUGUUAGGAAAACUUGAAUUGCCAGUUGCACUCAGCAGACAACAGCUCUGUCCCCCCCCAAAAUCAAGAGCUUUUGGGGUGCCAAGCUCUCUUCUGUGCCCAGCUCACGUAUUGAUGCAAGUUGAACCUAAUUGGCAUGUAGUGCUAGAGAAUGCUGAUUGUUUUUAAAAUAGGAAUCGAAGUUAUUUUUUUUAACAGCCCUUUGAGGUGGGGAAACAGCGUCCCCAAAGGAAUACAAAGGAGGUCCUUUUAAGAGGAUUAGAAGGGACAGGUACAGGUAUCUCUUUGCAGAGACACAAGACUUUGCUACAAUUCAGGGAGCAACCAGUGAACGAUCAUGUUCAUUCAUUGGGUUUCCCCAACUCUCAUAUGAAGCCCAUCUGUACCGAAAGACUGAAGCAUGGAUCUGAGAAAGCUUGCAUUGAAUUAACCCAGUCUAGAACUCCAUGCCUAGAUGCUCCAGACACUUUCCGGCAUUUUUCAGUCUAUCCGUGGCAGUAGAAAUGGGAAAAAGAAGAUUAGCGCCCAAGGCCCCCCCAAAAGUGAAAUGGGAUAUCCCAUUUCACUUUUGGGGGGGCCUUGGGCGCUAAUCUUCUUUUUCCCAUUUCUACUGCCACGGAUAGACUGAAAAAUGCCGGAAAGUGUAUAUAUAUAUUGCGAACUAUCCUAAAAAUACAAGUUCCAGGCGUAGCUAUAAAAGAAGAGACAGACAGGCAUCACGAUCUCCGGAACUUAAAACAUAUUAUCCACUUAGCUUUCGUUAGCCUCUGCUAACAUCGUCAGAGUAUAAAAACUACCAUUGAAGAGAUAUUUGCCUUUAUACAUCAUUGAUGAAUUUGGCCAUUGCGUGCGUUGAUAGACCCAUCCACCUGCCUCCAACCUGUAGUUAGCUCUGUCGUUUUUGCUUCAGACAUGUUAAUCGUUGGAGGCUUAGCUCCUCUGUCAUGCUUGGACUGCUCAUCCCCAGGGAAUGACGCUGAGCUGCCAGAUAUAUUCUAAUUCUUAUCUGCCUUCACAUACCCCAUCCCAUAUAUGGAAGGAAGGAAGGGAAGGAAGGAUGGAUGGAUGGAUGGAUGGAUGGAUGGAUGGAAGAUUGGGAUGGGAUGGGAUGGGGUAUGUAAAGGCAGAGAAGAUUUAGAAUUAAAUUCCUUCCCUUGGAAAAAACACACACACCAAAAACUUCCUGUUUUUUGCAUGAAUAGUUUGAACUUAGAAGUGACUUUCUAUGGUCAUUUGCAUCUUCCCCUGGAAUGCUCUUGCUUCAUUUCAUCUGACAAAAACACCCGAUGGAAUGCAGUUGCUGUUUCUGGAUCUUCUUACCCUUGUUGGUACGAGGGUUCUACAGGACUUGGUCCUUUUCUUCCCAUCCAAAUUUUUUUUUACCAUGCUAGCCAAUCCCACCAAUGUCGAUUGCUUGGCAGUGCAAAAAAAA